AUGGCCACGUCGAAGAAAGUUAUAACCAGGGCCGAGUGGGAGAAGAAGCUCAAUGAUGUUAAAGUUAGAAAGGAAGAUAUGAACAAAUUGGUUAUGAACUUUCUGGUUACAGAGGGUUAUGUAGAGGCUGCUGAAAAAUUUCGACUCGAAUCCGGGACAGAGCCAGAUAUAGAUCUCGCUACAAUCAGCGACCGUAUGGCAGUUAAGAAGGCAGUACAGAGUGGCAACGUGGAGGAUGCUAUCGAAAAAGUUAAUGAUUUGAACCCGGAGAUACUGGACACAAACCCUCAACUCUAUUUCCAUCUCCAACAGCAGCGUUUGAUAGAAUUGAUCCGAAAUGGGAAAGUAGAAGAAGCUCUUGAGUUUGCUCAAGAGGAACUUGCUCCACGGGGAGAGGAAAACCAAGGCUUUCUAGAAGAGUUGGAGAGAACUGUUGCACUGCUCGCAUUUGAAGAUGUGGCCAAUUGCCCUGUUGGCGAUCUCCUCGAUAUUUCUCAACGCCUUAAGACAGCUAGCGAGGUGAAUGCAGCUAUCCUCACCAGUCAAAGCCAUGAAAAAGAUCCAAAGCUUCCAAGCCUGUUGAAAAUGCUUAUAUGGGUUCAGAAUCAGCUGGACGAGAAAGCCACUUAUCCUCGAAUUACCGAUUUAUCCACUGCAACCCUCGAAGACCCUGCUGCUUGA